GUCUCUUCUCAGUGCAUGGACGGGAGGCGAUAGAGGAGAGCGGAGCGUGUAAGUCACCGGCGGAUGUGCCCGCCUAUGUAGACGGGGCCACUAUACACUAUAUAUACGCACUUGACGCCUCCGAUUCGGCACCUCAGGACCCAUGGCUACUGCACUAUGUCGAGGACUGCCAGGAGGAGUUUUCCGUGCAGCCACCUUUUCAUCCUUUUCCAGAUGGUCGAGCACUAAAACUCCAGAAAAACUUAGGAGAAUUACCGUUCAGCUUUCAUCUUAUUUCAAGAAGGUAGACGGCAAUGCCGGAGACCUUCAAGAUCUCGAUAAACCUUCAGGAUUUUCCACAACAAUCAGUGAUGUCAAGAAGGGACGGCCAGAACGUGACUACAAGCUGCCAUACCCUAAGAAGAAAAAAAAGCUUGCGUUGCCUCCACGUACUUGGGAUAAGUCAUCAGAGAAAUUUGAAAAGACCUAUAGAAAAACCAAAAACGAAAAUAUAUAUGAUGAUGUAGAAUCUUACGAUACAAUGGCCGAUCCAAGAGGCUUCCAACAAAAUAGACCGGAGUAUAAAUCUCUAUGCUUCAAUCCUGAACAUACUGUGAAUGUUUCCCUGGAGGAAAGUGAGACCCUUCUAGAGGCGGUGGCUUGUAAUGGUAAUCUAGCUCCUGCAGAAAUUUCAAAUUUUUUGGAGAAACUAAGUGGUCUACCUGAAGACCACAUUGGUGGACUAAAAUCAAAUAAACAAUUUGAAAAAUUAUGUAGCAACAGCAUGGAAGCCCUUCAGCUCUACACACACGGAGACCUAAUCCGUAUCCUCAGCGCCUUUGUCCGAUUCAAAAUACCCACAAGCCAUCCCAUACUCAAAGCUUAUGAAAAAGAGUUUUGUCGUCGGGUGUGGCACCUAUCCACCAAUGAGCUGCUACUGGUGGCGGAUAUGUGGCGAUGCCUGUCAUUCAGUGUCCCUAAAUUUUUGGACAUAAUGUACAGUUAUAUGCACUUACGUUGUAUGGACCUAAAUUUGGCACAGGCCAUCCAAUUAAUAUACAUAAUCGGUGAAGGAAGACGUGCCACCGAAGAGCUCAUGGAGAAACUUGAGGCGGUGGUAUUGAGAUAUCUCCAGAGCAUCAACCUCGAAGAAAUUGGUACGGUUUGUCUUGGCUUUUUUAAGACCGGUCAUGGACUAUCAGAGUACCUAAUGAGAAAGUUCGGUGAUAUGAUCGUAGAAAACAUAGACGACAUAAGCAACUACUCUUUGGUGAACGUCCUUAAGAUGUUCCGGUUCACCCGUGUUGACCAUCUAGACUUUUUUAGGCAGGUUGGACAGGUGUCUCGGAAACGUAUACCUGACAUGGGAAUUCAGGGUAUCAUGCAUGUUACCCUUUCCUUCGCCUCGAUGCAUAUUCUAGAUGAAGACCUCAUGAAUACGGUAGCUUCAGUUAUUCCAGAUCGUGUAUCUUACUGUAGGAGCAAAGACAUUGCCAAGCUGCUAUGGUCGUUUGGUAUUCUGAUGUAUAACCCACCAAACGCCGAUGUUUUUUACUCUGCCUUAAUCAAUGAAAUCUAUAAGAAUCUCCAAGAAUUUCUGAACUUUCCUGAACACUUCUUGACUUGUCUGAUGGCCCUGGCUUUCUGUCAGAGGUUCCCAUUAGAUCUAAUUAAGGUGGCCUUAAGUGAAGAAUUUCUCAUCCAGUCUACUAAAAUAAGCAUGUUUGAACUUAAGAAGGAUCUCUUCACUAUAGCGGGCAGUGUUGAGAUCGAAUGCCCUGAGUACGCCGGAGAAACUAUUUCCCCCCAGCUUCGGCAAGAAGUAACAGAAAUGCUCGUCCGUUUGUCCAACCAGGACAUAUACGUAAAGGAGGAGGCCCUCGAAGCUGCCUCGAUGUUAGAAAUCUUGUUGGGAGGACCAGAGUUUGUAAAGCACCACAUGAUCUUGCCUCAUAGUAGAUCAAAAGAUCUGGAGGUCCACUUUGAUUCUAACAACAAGCCCAUCCCAAUAAAUUUAGAGAUUCUUAAAGUGGCGCAAUCUAAGAAGAAGCCCAUCGGUGUUCACAUCACCAAUGAUCUCAUGAGUCAGUUACUGAAUAGAAACUUGAACCAAACUUGUGAUGGUACCCAGAAUGGUCCAAAGACUGGUUCCAGACCUAAGACUGCUGAAAUCACCAUAGACCUGCUGUCCCAGUUGACCGUGGGACGGAAGCGUAAUAAGAAACCUGAAACUGAGGUCAUUAAGCUGGCCAUUCAGGUUACUAACCGGAAUCACUAUUGUUAUGGCCAGAAAUGGCUCUUGGGUCUCCAUGCCAUGAAAAGGAGGCAGCUGCAGAAGUUGGGUUAUGUGGUGGUCGAGCUGCCUUACUGGGAGUGGUAUCCCCUCGCGAAAUGUUCCCAGUCAGAAAAACUUUCCUAUCUGCAUUACAAAGUGUACGAGUCUCUGGACCUGCGGGAGGUGAUGGACUGUUGUGUUGACUGCUGAUUACUUCGCGAUCCUACCUCCGGUGCAACAGUGCGGGCUCAUCGCUGACCCACCAGGACGGAAUGGACGGGAAUCAGUAUGGAGUCACAACCUAGUUCAUUCUUCAGUAACACAGUCCUGCUGGUGCC